CAUUCGAGCGCGUCGUUCGUGAUAACUCGUCUGUUUUUCGUUCGGUAUCCAAUGCGUGCAGUGUUUACAAUAGUGUUGCUUCUGAUGUUAUAAAUCACACCAAUACUAGUGACCUGUGACUGUGCAGAUAAUUAUAUGCUAUUAUACUGUUUGAUUAAUAAAAGUGGUGCCUAAGGAGAAGACAACUACGGCAAUCUUUGAGCUCAGCUCGGGAUAUGUGGCUAGGCGAGUAACAUCGCUGGCCGUGAUGAGGCGUGGGUGCGACUGGGUCGCCUGGCCGGUAGUGGCCAGCGGCCUAUUGCUUUUCUGCAAUCAUGCAUACGCCAUUGAUAUGAUUGCGCCUGGAAUAUGUCCUUCGAUAGACAUCCGCAAUAACCCAGAUCACAUGCAGAAGCUGCAGGACUGCCGAGUGAUUGAGGGUCACCUUAACAUAGUUCUUAUGGAGCGCGCCACGCCGCUAUCAUUCGCAAAUUACACAUUUCCGAAUCUACGCGAAGUCACCGGAUACAUAUUGAUAUAUAGAUUACGGGGCGUACGGAAUCUUGGUGAACUGUUUCCUAAUCUCGCCGUGAUACGAGGCCUGCAGCUGUUCAAGGACUAUGCCCUCGUCAUCUUUGAUAAUGAAGGUCUUGAGUCCUUGGGUCUUCGUUCUCUUACUCGGAUAGAGAGAGGAGCGGUCCGGAUUCAGAAUAAUGAUAGACUCUGCUACAUAAACACUAUUGAUUGGUCAAAAAUAGUGAUCGACGGAAGUAAUAAUAUUAUCAGGUCGAACUACGACACUCGCCUGUGUGGACUAUGCCCCAACGCACAAAGUCGGUUAGAAGACCAUAGACAGCAACACUUGCAAUGUCCUGCAGAUCCAUCGGGCCAUCUUCUCUGUUGGGAUGAAAAAUAUUGUCAAAGGAGAGAGUGCCCCAGCUCUUGUGGGGAGCGGGCUUGUACUGAAAAUGGAACCUGCUGCAACGCGACCUGUCUGGGCGGUUGUGAUGGACCCCAGCCAAGCGACUGUCACGUUUGUGCGAAUUUCUCUUUUCGUUAUGGUGCAGAACGAACCUGCGUAGAACGGUGUCCUGCAAACACCUAUCAGUUGGCGCGACGUUGCGUAUCAGAGGAAGAAUGCCGGUCUAUGCCAAUCCCACAAGCCAUGGAUGGUCGAAGCCAGCCAAAUAUCAAGGCAUACAAGAUAUUGGACAACAACAAAUGUGUUUACACGUGUCCCAGCGGGUAUAUGGAGACAGGGGAGCCGCACAAUUCACUAUGUAAGCCGUGUCCGGUCACUGGAUGUAAACAGGACUGCGAAGGAGGGAAAAUUGAUAGCGUCGCAUCAGCUGAGAAGUUUCGUGGUUGUACCCACAUCCGAGGUUUUCUGGAGAUCGCGUUACGGGCCAGUGGAGGUAAUACAAUGGCCGUAUUGGAAAACGCUCUCGGCGCGAUUCGUGAGAUUGACGGGCCGUUAAGAGUAGUGCGCUCUUAUCCACUCGUAUCGCUCAUGUUCCUCAAGAAUCUAGAACGAAUCGGCAGAAGUGUCACCGACAAGGGACAAAGCCUACACAUCUUCAACAACCCAAACCUUGAACUGCUAUGGGAUUGGAGUUCUGGCAAGAAAAUACAAAUAAUUUCAGGCCGACUUUUCGUACAUUUUAAUCCUAAGCUCUGCUAUAGCCAGAUAGAGAUGCUGAAGAAUAUGACGUUGAGCCCAAUGACAACCUUCACUGAUCUUGACGUUUCCAAAGACAACAACGGAGACCAGGCUUCUUGUUUCCAAGACUCGCUGCAUCUGAAGGUCCACUCCCUGGUGAAGCGUGUGGCGAUACUAACUUGGGACAUGUAUUGUUCGGAGGAUACUCGCAAACUAAUCGGAUACUCUAUAUACUACAUACAAGCGGAACAUAAUGUCACAUUCUAUGGACAGAGAGACGCGUGUUCGGAUACCUGGAACGUUAUCGAUAUAACGAUUGACGAGGCCCGUAAUUCAACAAGACCGUUGCCGACUAACAAAAAGAAGUUAUUGGAAAACCCUUGUAAUGACAUCCAGCCUCUAUUCCACCCAAUCACACCACUACAGCCGUUUACUCGAUACGCGGCCUACGUGAAAACGUACACGACGAGGGACAGGAAAGGCGCACAAAGUCCUAUCAUAUACUUCACUACUAUGCCGGGAAAUCCUAGCCCACCUCGUAGUGUGACAGUAGAGAAUCUUCGAGAGCACGAGACUAUUAUUAAAUGGCAGGCGCCGAUGAUGCCGAAUGGCACGAUCGAAUCGUACCGAAUAGAAGUACAGGCCAACGCGUACAACCAGCACAAGAUAUUGACUGACAAUCUUAACUACUGUAGCAAUCCAACUGCAUUAGCCAAUAUGAUAGCGGUUCGCGGGGAGGAACCGGUCGAAAAGAAGGAGGACCGACUGACUGGUGACGUCAAGAGCGAGACAUGCGCGUGUAAAGAGGAAAACAAGCCCAUUGUGCGCUUCAACACCGAAGCCGAAGAAGAGAGAGUCGAGAGUAUCGACUUUGAAAAUGAACUGCAGAACCAUGUGUAUGUGAAGCAAGGAAGCCGCUCAAGUCAAUCCAGUCCGAGUCGCGUGCGCCGGUCCAUAGACACCUCUGUGAACAGCAUGCUAGUCAUCCUCAGCGAAAUUCACGAACCGCGUCUCGGAUACAACUACACCAACGAAACUGAUGGAGUAAAAUGCAGUCGAGAGAAGUAUAACAAUUGCGUCAUUACGGAACGUAAAAAAGGCUACGUGAAGUCCCUAUACUAUGAGGUGGAUGGGAGUCAGCGGUCGAUAUUCGUGGAGAACCUUCGCCACUUCACAUGGUAUACCGUCAACAUAUGGGCGUGUCGUAAGAAGCACGAUAAUGAAACAGUCGAGGAUUACAAUGAGUCGUGGUGUUCAGAGCGGGCAUUCUACAAUUUCCGCACUUUAGAACAACUAAACGCCGAUAUAGUAAGCAAUGUGCGUGCUGAGAUGGUUAUGUCCAAUAAAACCCUUCCCGAAGUGAACGUGACGUGGACACCUCCAGACGAUCCCAAUGGAUUUGUCGUGGCAUACAACGUCUAUCAUUCCAGGGUCGCGGAUAAUAGCCCGGAACAAUUGGAUAUUGGAUUGACAAGCUGUAUCCGAUCUGAUGAUUACGAGAGAAAUGGGCGGAGCUUCGUCAUACGAGCCUUAGUGUCGGGCAACUACAGUAUACGCGUCACACCACUUACUGUUAGUGGAGCUGGGAAUGUCUCUUCGGACGUAUACAUUUUUAUACCGGACGCACGUGCAGAUAGUAGUUACGACUGGGUAUGGGGGGUGGUGGGGGGUUGCGCUGUAGUGGUGUGUGCGGCCGCAUUGGGCACUUGGUACGCCCGUCGCGCUCUUCACACGCAGGACAACAAUAAGCUGUUCGCGCGAGUCAACCCAGAGUACGUGUCGACCGUGUACGUGCCCGAUGAGUGGGAGGUGCCGCGAUCGAGUAUCGAAUGUAUACGCGAACUCGGACAGGGCUCGUUUGGAAUGGUGUAUGAAGGUAUCGCCAAAAACUUAGAAAAAGGCAAGCCGGAGACUCGGUGCGCUGUGAAAACUGUCAAUGAACAUGCCACUGACAGGGAGCGCAUCGAGUUCCUAAACGAGGCUUCAGUGAUGAAGGCGUUCGACACUUUCCACGUGGUACGUCUCCUGGGCGUGGUCUCUCGAGGACAGCCGACUUUGGUUGUAAUGGAGCUGAUGGAGCAGGGAGACCUCAAGACGUACCUUCGCUCGCACAGGCCUGAUGCAGAUUCUUCUUUACCCAGGAAGGGACCCGCACCAAGUCCGCCAACUUUGCAGAAUAUACUGCAGAUGGCUAUAGAGAUAGCCGACGGUAUGGCUUAUCUAUCAGCCAAAAAGUUUGUGCACCGUGACCUAGCGGCGCGCAAUUGCAUGGUCGCCGGGGACCUCACUGUCAAAGUAGGGGACUUCGGAAUGACCAGAGACAUUUAUGAGACUGAUUACUAUAGGAAGGGCACGAAGGGACUCUUGCCCGUUCGUUGGAUGAGCCCUGAAAGCUUAAAGGACGGGGUGUUCUCAAGUAACACUGAUGCAUGGAGUUAUGGUGUAGUUUUAUGGGAGAUGGCGACACUUGCUAUGCAGCCCUAUCAGGGUCUGUCGAACGAGCAAGUGGUCCGUUACGUGGUAGAAGGGGGGGUGAUGGAGCGUCCGGAGCACUGCCCCGACCGUCUGUACGAGCUGAUGAGAGCCUGUUGGGCCCACAGACCCACAGCGAGGCCCAGCUUCCUCCAACUGGUAGCGGAACUGGCCCCUUCAGCCCAGCCCUACUUCCGGCACAGGUCCUUCUAUCACACGCCGCAGGGACAGGAGAUGUACGCAAUGCAGAGAACUGCUGCAGAAGAAGAUACCGAGGUGCAGGAGAUGAACGUGGGCGCCGUAGCGAGCGGGUCCGGGUCGAACCUGUUCGGGGUGUCGGGGCGCCUGGCGUCGUGGGUGCGCGAGCUGUCGUCUCUGCGGUCGCGGACGUCGGACGACGCGGCCGCGGAGCCCCUGCAGCCCCUUCAGCCGCCCAACGGCACUCUGCCCCGGCCUCCUCCCUGUUAGCGGAACACAUAUCCCUCCACCGUAUGACGUUUGCAUUUCACGACAAUCUCGAGAUCUUAAUGUCGAUUCGAGAGAAACGACAUCUGUUUGUAUAUAUAUUACUCCUGUUGACGUAUACAUCCUUGUUACUAUGCAAAUAAUCGAAUUUCUUACGUCUCAAAAUGGUGAAAUGCAAGUGUAGUGGCGGUGGGACGUCGAUGUGGAGUGACGUCAUGAGCGACCGCGCGUCGCGUAUUAUCUACCUCAAGCCGAUGUCCGGCUCUUCGAAUCAUAGCUGUAAGCGUAGCUAGUUAAUUUCGUUUCGAUCGCCGCGUUGUUUUAUUUAUUUCAUUCGAGAGACAUUCUCACACUCUGUCUGGCAGCCGCAUAUUUCGAUACGAAAAUGCAUAUAAUAGUACAAUUCGCCGUGUGAGAGUGCCUCUAGAUAUAAAAAUAUAUAUUUGUUCGAAAGCCGUUUUGGCUUAGUUUAGUCGAUUGCGUUGCACGACGCGACCAGUGAGCGGACUAGUAGUCUAAACGGCAAGUUUGUAAUCUUCUCUGCAUUUAUAGUUAUUUAUUGCGCAGAGGUGCGCAUAGCAGAUGAAGUAUGGUAUUAAAGGCAGAGGAGAGGCGUCGUGCAGUUAGUUCCAUAUCAGGGCCGGCGCGUGACGUCCGCCGCCCAUUGAUGAAUCCUAUAUAGUUUACCUCAGUAACAUAGUUGUAUCCAUGUCGUGUAUGACGCAGCCUAUUAUCGUUAAGUUAUCGUAUAAGUUGUAAAUGUGAAAAAUUACAUAAUUUACUACAUAAGAUCGUGUACAAAUUAUUUUUAUUUCGUUUAUAUUUAAUCUUUCCGCAUAGUGCGUCCACGUGAAGUGACAAUGUUGUCGGUCAUAUUGUUUUUGUGUGUGGUGUCCGAGUCACGGAGAGGGACAUGGUCACGCGACCACUUCCCGCUCCUUGACUUUUGAAAUACGCAUUGUCGCGACAACUCGGACUUUGGAAUCCAAAACAUUUUAAUCGCCUAUCCUACUCGUUUCCAGGGCUGCCUCGCGUCAGAUCAUAUUGAACCACUAUCUUUCCGAGAUUAUGCAAAAUUGUAUUUAGCUAUAUAUUUCAUUCACAUAAUAGAUUUUCAGUUACUCAGAAUGGAGAAGUGAUACUCUCAUGAUCAAAGACUAAAAAGUUUUUUCCCGUACACAAACUAGAAAAAAUUUUAUGCUGUUUCCGGCAACGCACGUAGCAUAAGCAACAAUCAA